AUGGCGUCCGAGAAGACCAGCAACCCCAUGCGGGAGCUCAAGAUUCAGAAGCUCGUUCUGAACAUCUCCGUCGGCGAGUCUGGUGACAGACUUACCCGUGCCGCCAAGGUGCUCGAGCAGCUUUCUGGUCAGACCCCCGUCUACAGCAAGGCCCGCUACACUGUCCGUACCUUCGGUAUCCGACGUAACGAAAAGAUUGCUGUCCACGUCACCGUCCGAGGCCCCAAGGCCGAGGAGAUUCUCGAGCGUGGCCUCAAGGUCAAGGAGUACGAGCUCCGCAAGCGCAACUUCUCCGAGACCGGCAACUUCGGCUUCGGUAUCAGCGAGCACAUCGAUCUUGGUAUCAAGUACGACCCCUCGAUCGGUAUCUACGGCAUGGACUUCUACUGCUGCAUGACCCGACCUGGUGAGCGCGUCACCCGCCGACGACGCACCAAGAGCCGCAUCGGUUCCAACCACCGCAUCAAGCGCGACGAGACCGUCAAGUGGUUCAAGUCUCGCUUCGACGGUAUUGUCCGAUAA